GAAAUUAGAACAUGACUCAGAGAGAGAUAGAAAGAAGAAUCUGACAAACAAAAACAACUGUGGUUUUGAGGUUGAAAUUCCUGGGAAAAGUAUUAAAAAAAAAGAAACUUUAGAAAGAGAAUGAGAAAGGAAGCAAACCAAGAACAGUAAAUUCAUCUGCUACAGCAUGGUAGCAGAAGCAGCAAACCAGCACCAGCACAAGUUAUUAUUGUUAUCUGAAUCUUUCUUUUAUUUGAUCUCUCUUUUUCUUGUACACAACAUAGAAAAAUGAGCAAUUGAACUUUUCUUCUGUUACUUUUUGCUCAUUUUGGUUGUCUAGAUCAAUACCCAGAUCUUGUUACCUUUUGAUCCCGCUUAAUUAUUUUUCAUUCUUGGAUAAACUGAAGCAAAGAUACAAAGAAAGAUAAAGAAAGAGUGUCAACAUAUGGAUUGGAUUAUCUCAUUGGUAGCUCACUAGUUCAGGCUUGAAAUUGUUUUUGUGCUUUCAUUAUUGCUCCUUUUGCUUUGAAGGAGUGCUUGGAUAAGUUCUAGAGUGUCUGAAAAGGAGAUAUUACUGCCACUUAAGUAAUGAUCAAGCAAAUACUAAAUAGGCUCCCUCGGAAGCCAUCGAAGUCAUCUGAGAACCGUGAGGGAGGGGGAACCUCUACCUCAUCAUCAAAUGCUUCAACCAGUUCAAGGGACAGUGAUUUAUCUAACAACUAUUAUGCAAGCCCUGCUGCUACAUCGAUUAAUUCAACCUCCAAUUUAGGAUCAAAUUAUGGUAGUAAGCUUUCCCAUGCUAUAAAUUCAAAGCUGAAUGGGAAUCCAUCUGCUGCUUCUUUUGAGGCAUUGCCUAGUUUCAGAGAUGUUCCUAAUGCUGAGAAGCCAAACUUGUUUAUCAGAAAGCUGAACUUAUGCUGUAUUGUGUUUGACUUUACUGACCCUACUAAAAACUUCAAAGAAAAGGACAUCAAGCGACAAACUUUGGUAGAGCUUGUGGAUUAUGUUUCUUCUGCAAAUGGGAAAUUUUCUGAGAAUAUGAUGCAAGAAAUCGUUAAGAUGGUAUCCACAAAUUUGUUCAGAAAUCUCUCUUCUCCGCCACGUGAGAACAAGGUCUUGGAAGCCUUUGAUUUAGAAGAGGAUGAGCCCUCAAUGGACCCUGCAUGGCCUCAUCUGCAAGUUGUGUACGAAUUUCUUCUGAGGUUUGUAUCAUCACCUGAGACAGAUGCAAAAUUGGCCAAGAGGUACGUCGAUCAUUCAUUUGUUCUGAGGUUGUUAGAUCUUUUUGAUUCAGAGGACCCUAGAGAGAGAGAGUAUUUGAAAACAGUUCUUCACCGCAUCUAUGGGAAAUUCAUGGUGCACCGGCCAUUCAUUAGGAAAGCAAUUAACAACAUCUUUUAUCGUUUUAUUUUUGAAACUGAGAAGCAUAAUGGGAUAGCAGAGCUAUUGGAGAUUCUGGGAAGUAUUAUCAAUGGGUUUGCGCUGCCACUUAAAGAAGAGCACAAACUUUUUCUUGUUCGAGCACUCAUUCCACUACACAAACCAAAAUGCUUACCUAUGUAUCACCAGCAAUUAUCAUACUGCAUUACACAGUUUGUGGAGAAAGACUGCAAGCUUGCUGAUACUGUUAUACGCGGGAUGCUAAAAUAUUGGCCAAUUACGAACAGUUCAAAAGAGGUUAUGUUCUUGGGUGAACUGGAGGAAGUGUUGGAAGCAACACAGCCAGCUGAGUUUCAGCGUUGCAUGGUACCCCUGUUCCGUCAGAUUGGCCGUUGCUUGAGUAGUUCACAUUUUCAGGUGGCAGAAAGGGCUUUGUUCUUAUGGAACAAUGAUCACAUUGAGAGCUUGAUUAAACAGAAUUGCAAAGUUAUACUGCCAAUCAUAUUCCCUUCGCUGGAGAGAAAUUCAAGACAACAUUGGAAUCAGGCAGUGCAAAGCUUGACACUAAACGUUCGCAAGAUAUUCUCUGAUGUUGAUCCAGAGCUCUUUGAGGAUUGCCUUCUCAAGUUCCAGGAAGAUGAAACACAGGAGAAGGAGAUUAAGUCAAAGCGUGAAGCCACGUGGAAACGCUUAGAAGAGAUUGCUGCAAUGAAGGCUGCAAGUAAUGAACCGGUGCUUGUUUCCCCAAAAGUUACGACACGUGCACCAUCUGGCUAGAAAGUUGGAGAAUCCCAUGAGUGAUUGCUGUUACUUUGACUCGGUUGGCAGCUGUUGUGCAAUGCAAGCCAUGGAUGGAGGUGGUGACUGAAGGAGGUGGAAUAUCAAGCCACUCUUAUUUUUCAGUUUUCCAUGCGAUUAUAACACAAUGGGGAAGGUGCAAUUGUUGUAUGCAAAAUGUUCCCAUUUUGCUUAUCGUCGAGGACUGCAAGUAACAAGUGGGGUGGAGAAACAGAUGGGUGAGAGCAUGUCUAAAGAGCAGUUCUGCAAGUAAAACUGUUGGUUAAUGUUUUCAGAGGGGUACCAAAGAAAGCUUGAACCAAGUGUAUAAUUGUUUAUUGAUUCUGGUUUAGUGAAAAAUAUGCUCAUUUCCUUCAACAAAACAAUGGAGUUAAAAGGGGAAGAAAACUACUUGAUUUGUACUUUUUUUUUUUAAUUUUAAAUUUUGAGGAUAAUGCAGAUUUGAACUCCCACAAGACAAGCAUUAGAUGCCUGCUUCAAUGGUAUAUUAUUUGUUGAUUUAAAA